GCUAUCAGGAUUAUAUCAGAAAUAAAUGAACUAGAAGAAAGUAAAUCAGAUGAUGAACCUGAAUAUAAAAUAUCUGAAGUCAAUAUGCUAGCUAGCGAUUUUUUAUAUGAAACCAACCUAGCGGCCAAAAAACUAGAAA